AUGUCGCGGAAAUUCGAAAACGUUUCUAUGGAUCUACCAGAUGUCACAACAGUUCUAAUGGAGACUGAACAGAUAAUACAAAAAUGUUUCACACAGUACCAACUUGACGAAGUUUUCCUAUCUUUCAACGGUGGGAAGGACUGUACUGUAUUAUUAGACGUUACUAUAAAAGUAUUGCAGGAUAUGUACAAAAGAGAAAACAUAGGCAAAGAACUUAAAGUACUUUAUAUUCGUACCAAAGAUCCCUUCAAGGAAAUAGAGAAUUUCGUGAAGCAAAUAGAGACGCAUUAUGGAAUAAAUCUUAUCGUGACGGAAGGAGUACUAAAGGAAGCCUUGCAAAAGAUAACAGAAAACGAUAAAAAUCUAAAAGCGUGCUUGAUGGGAACUCGACGAACAGAUCCUUAUAGUGAAAAUUUAAAAUUUAUGCAGUAUACUGAUCCGGGCUGGCCUCGGAUAUUACGAGUGUCGCCUCUGUUGAACUGGAGCUAUCAUCAGAUAUGGAGUUACAUCUUACAGCAUCGGGUGCCUUAUUGUAGCCUCUACGACAAAGGUUAUACAUCGAUAGGCAGCACAGCUAAUACAUGGCCGAACGAAUCUUUAGCGUACACGGAAAAUGGCCGCGUGCAUUACCGCCCCGCGUGGCUCUUACCAGAUGGAUCUUUGGAACGAGCGGGGCGUGAACAGAAACACACCAAUGGACACGCUACACACGCAGUUAAAACUGUUCAUGAACACAACAGUAUCCAUGAACACAAAAGCAUCCAAGUGAACAAAACAACCCAACCAACUGAACACAUCGAGUGUCAUAUGAACCAAUUAAAUUCUGUGUAG